AUGUCUUCCAAGAAGACUCAUAUCGACCAGAUUGUUCUCAUCGGAGAUUCUCUUACACAAUUUGCUUUGGGAGAAAAAGGGUUUGCAGGUCAACUCGCCAACCAUUUCCAGCGGCAAUUUGAUGUCGUAGUCCGAGGUUUCUCUGGCUAUAAUAGCAGAUGGGUCCUAGAGAUGGCCCGACUAUUCAUGCCGGAAUUGAAGCGCAUCAGACUCGCUGUGAUAUGGCUCGGAACCAACGAUGCUCUCCUCCCACCUGAACCACGAGCGAUUGAUCCCGAGUCAUACAAGGCCAACAUUGCCAAGAUCGUAUCUCUUGUACCGCUUUCUGCCAAAGUAAUUUUGGUAUCUCCUCCGCCAUACUCUCUCAAGGGAAAGGCAAAAGACCUGGGGCUAGAAUAUUACCCCGGCGUCAAACUUGAUCGUGACCCCGCCCACUCUUUGCUGUACAAUCUCAAGGCACGUGAGCUUGCGGACAAUCUCAACGAGGCGGGUGAUAGGAAGGGAAACGUUGCUUUCUGCGAUACACGAACAUCCAUGGAAAGGGCUGCUCUGGAGGAAUCACCCGAUGACUUGGAAGAAGGUCUUUUCAAGUAUCUUCGUGAUGGAGUCCACCUUUCGCCGGACGGCUACCAGUGCAUGUACGAAACUCUCCUCCAUGUCAUCAAGAGCAGGUUCCCGGAACUCGGGCAAGAACCUUACUUUUUUGCAGAUUAUGAGACGGUAGAUCAUACCCAACCAGAAAGGUAUUUUGGAUGAGAUCAGAUGACAAUUAUCGACUGGGAGUGCACGUGCGCGAGCUUGAAGAGACGUUGUAUGUAAAUGGUAAUAGUUUUUAUACUUCGGGCCGAGGUCUGGUUUCUAGCCUCACAAAUGAAAUCUCUCUCUCUUUUACAUCAAUCACUCAUGUCUGACGCACAAUGUACUGAGGUAAUCGGCGAGUCAAUCAAGUAUAUUGUGAGGUGUCUGUCUUCCGCAGGGACUAUAUUUGGGAAAAUUAUUAACUUUUUCUUGGGAGCUGUUACGACUCGUCCCCAACAAGGUCCGGCCUUGGAGACGAGAUAGAAAGCCGUAGUUUAACUAAG